AUGAGUGUUGAUAAAACAUCUAUCUACUAUGCAGGGCUGAAGCCUCUUGAAAUGGAAGAAAUCUCUACGUCGACUGGUCUAACUGCUGGCUCACUACCGGUCAGAUACCUGGGGGUGCCCUUGUGUACGAAAAAGCUAUCGAUGCUCAACUGCGCUCCAUUGAUCCAAUCAAUUAAAUCCAAAUUCCUCACUUGGACUGAGAACGCUGUCAUUUGCUGGAAGGUUACAAUUGAUUUCAACUCGUGCUUAGCGGAGAUUGAUGCUCUUUGCUCAAAAUUCCUGUGGAAAGGGAAACUAGAAGGAAGUGCGGGUGCGAAAGUGGCGUGGGAGAAAGUCUCUGUUCCAAAACAGGAAGGUGGGUUGGGUUUGAGGAAUUGGGACUCGAUCUGGGCGACUUGGUAUCUUGCUGAGGUCCUUGAUGGAAACAUCAACAACUUCUGGGUCAUAAAUAAGAAGCAAAAGAACUCUUGGUUGGCUAACUACCUACUGUUACAGCGUGAAACUGUCUUCGAUUGGAUUAAGAUGGCGGUGGGGAAUGGCGAAACUUUCUAUUUCUGGUCUAGUAACUGGUCACCUUUUGGGAGCAUAACCAAAUACCUUAGAGGACAAAGCACUCGUAACACUGGAAUCCCGAUAACGGUUACCUUGGCUGAACUAUGGGAGCAAGGCGCUUGGCAUCUACCCCCUGCGAGAUCAGAAGGACACGUAAACAUCCAGUCAUAUCUCUCUACCAUAGAGCUGACUAACGAGGCAGACACCUAUCACUGGAUACCGCAGGGAAAGCUCUCAAAAGCCUACUCAACAAGAGAUAUAUAUAACCUGUUGCGAGUGCUCCAUCAGCAAGUUCCUUGGUCCAAAGAAGUCUGGUUUUCGAAUGGCAUUCCAAGACACAAAUUCCUUUCCUGGCUAUUUGUUCUAAACAGAUGUCCCACUAAAGAUAGAAUGGUAGAGUGGGGAGCUGAUACUGAUCCUGUUUGCAUACUAUGUAACUCGAGUCUUGAAUCAAGGGAUCAUUUGUUCUUCAACUGCUCAUACUCUUGGGAGGUUUGGAACUCAGUGGCAGCGAGAUCAGGGUUCACUACACCGAGGGAGUGGGAUGAAAUCUUGACAGAGUUAGAAAAAUUCAAAACCCCACAUCACAACAGACUCCUAGCCCUCUUGGGCUGGCAAGCUGCGAUCUAUUGUUUGUGGGCAGAGCGCAGCGGGCGCCUCCACCGCAGUAGAUUUCGAAUCCCCCCUGAUGUCAUCAAGGAGAUACACACUAUCAUCAAGCUCAGAAUUGCUGCCAUCCGGAUAGGCAACCCGCAGCUUGCGUCGGUCCUUUUCCAAGCUUGGCACUCUUGA